UAAUUUGAAGCAGGAGGACAGAGAGAGAGGGAGAGAUUAAAAGUGUCAGUAAACCCUCCUGCCAGCUGUGCCGCACACAUCCUGAGUACUUGCCUUGGGAUGCCAUCCGGUCCCACAGCCUUGUGACUGUCUACUCGUUGGAAACAUCUCCGUACCUCAACCUCAGGGAUGACCAGGUUGCAGGUUGUAGCAGUGGCUUUCCUCUGAGGCUCUGAUUCAGCAACAUCGAGAGUGAAAACCAUUCCACAGGGUUGGCCAAUCAAACCCGGACGGAUGUACAGGGUGCCCAGGAUGCUAGAGGCGAAGAAUCUCGCCCUUGUUCUGAUUCUAUGGGGACUGUGCUCAGCCACACCUGACAUGUUCAGGUCACCAGAGAUGGUGAGAAAAGUCGCCAAACUGAUGGCGGAGGAAUGUCCCAGCUCUGAUUUCAGCACUCUAGCUGGAUUCAUGAAUUUUUGCCAAAGUGUGAAACCAAAGCUGUACAAUUUGAUCAUGGAGUUUAAGAGGAAAUCAUACGAAAACUUCAACAAAUACCCACAGGGGAAACCAGAUCGAUGGAAUGCAAUGGGGUACUGGAUGUCGGGGAAACCACAGCAAUGGAAUGCAUCUAGAGACUGGAUGUUGGGAUAUCCACCGAGAUGGAACACAACCAGAGACUGGAUGUGGUGGAAAGCACGAUGCAACAAAACAGCGGACUGGAUGUGGAAAUAUGCACCCGGAAUGCACUUAUUCAUGAAAUAUAUGUGGUGGAAAGAACAACGAUGGAAUAAAACUGGUGACUGGAUGUGGUGGAACAAACAACAAUGGAACAAAACUGGGGACUGGAUGUGGUGGAAAGAACAACGAUGGAAUAAAACUGGUGACUGGAUGUGGUGGAACAAACAACAAUGGAACAAAACUGGGGACUGGAUGUGGUGGAAAGCACAACGAUGGAACAAAACUGGUGACUGGAUGUGGGAAUAUCCACCCGGAUGGAACUCAUCCAAGGACGAUAUGUGGGAAUAUCCACCCGGGUGGAACUCAUCCAUGGACGAUAUGUGGUGGAAAGAACAACGAUGGAAUAAAACUGGUGACUGGAUGUGGAAAUAUCCACCCGGAAUGAAGUCAUUCGUGGAAUAUAUGUGGUGGAAAGAACAACAAUGGAACAAAACUGGUGACUGGAUGUGGGAAUAUCCACCCGGAUGGAACUCAUCCAAGGACGAUAUGUGGUGGACAGCAGAAGGAUGGAACAAAACUGGGGACUGGAUGUCGUGGAAAGAACAACGAUGGAACAAAACUGGGGACUGGAUGUGGAAAUAUCCACCCGGAAUGCACUUAUUCAUGGAAUAUAUGUGGUGGAAAGCACAACGAUGGAACAAAACUGGGGACUGGAUGUGGAAAUAUCCACCCAGAUGGAACUCGCCCAUGGACGAUAUGUGGUGGAAAGAACAACGAUGGAACAAAACUGGGGACUGGAUGUGGAAAUAUCCACCUGGAUGGAACUCAUCCAAGGACGAUAUGUGGGAAUAUCCACCCAGAUGGAACUCAUCAAAGGACGAUAUGUGGGAGAAACCAGAUCGAUGGAACACAACUGAGGACUGGAUGUUGUCCCCAGAAGAUGAGUUUGAGGGUGGUCCAAACCCCAUUGUGGGCAUCUUCAUGUUCUUGCAUGGACUGCACUACAGCAUGAAGGAUGAUGUGUAUGGGUCAGCACUAACCCGCUGCAUAGAGAACAGUGGGCUCAUGGACAUGGUCUGGACCGUUUUUGUAAAGAACUGCAGUCAGCUGCCUGCUCAAAUCUUCCAGCAGCUGCUGUGGAAAGUGGAGGACUUCCUUCUGAGGGCCAAGCCUGAGACUUUCCUUCAGCUCCCCACCAUCAGCAACUCCUCCCAGAUCGAGUUUGUGAUGAAGUUCUUACGUGAGAGAUACCAAAAUAUGAACCUGGACUUUCGGAUGCAAGUCUUCCAAUGGGCCAGACGGAGUCUGGUGUCAGCUCAGUGUCAGGGUGGGAAGGACAUGCAACCCAUGAAGCAGACAGGCCUCUCAUCCGCAUUUACAAAGAGACCUCCAGCAGGUAAAUGUAAGCAGCUGCAGAUGACCAAUAGAACUGUGGAUACAAUAGGAUUCUUCAUCCUCGAUGCUCCUGACAAAGAAUUUGCUCAUGUCCGGCCUCAGCAGCUCUGCAACCUCUUUGCUGGUCCUGACAUUGCCAGGAACCUCUCAAGCAUAUCCGACAUGGACUCCAUGCGGGGGAAGAAGCUUCUAGCUCAGCUGGGUGCUCACUGCAAGUUCAGAAACAUCACCCGCUUGGGAGGAUUGGCUUGUUUCUAUAAUGACGCAAAAUCACUUGACAAAGAUAUCACUGAGGUCCUUCUAUCCACCAUGAAAAAGUGUAAGAACAAAGACGCCCAGAAGAACCUCAAUAGCAUAAUCAGGGACUUGGCCCAGAAGCAGCCACUGAACAAAGAAUUCCUGCAAAAGAUGGGACCUUCUGCAUCUGCCCUCUCCAGCACGCAGAUUGCCAACAUCAGCGACCAAGACAUCCCUGACAUCAUCUCCGACCUGGGCCGAGGGGACUGGACAAAGAAGAAGUCCAAGAUUCUGGUUAAGAAGUUCCUGAAAAGUGGAGGAGAGAUCUCCUCAAGCUCUGAUCUGAAGAAAUUGGGAAGUCUGGUGAGCGGGCUCAACAGCAAAGUGCUUCGCAACGUGAGUGGGUUACAGCUACUCCAGGCGGCCAAGGAAGGUCUGGAGAAGGAGGCCGAAGGGAUGUCAUCCUUCCAGAGGAAGACCAUUGUAGAAACGAUCCUGAAAGGGGUGAACAGUACGACUGCCCUUGAGUCUCUGUCGGGAUCACUGCUGAAGGAACUGCCCCUCCAAGCUAUCAGGAAAGCAAAUGUCAGGAAACUGCAGAACCUGACAGAAAAACCCUGGACCGUGGGUCAGGCUCUGUACCUGUGCAAAGUUGUCUUGAACAAUGGAUCCAUGUCAGCCAGUAAAUUCAGCCAGUUGGGGCCCUUGACUCAGGGCGUGACCUGUGAGAUGUUUACUACCUAUGGUGACCAGUUUGGAAUGAAGAUGGGCCUGGCAUUGAGGAAUACCACAUGGCUGUCAAGGAAACAGUUGAUGUGCGCUGGGCAGAAGCUCCAAGACAAAAUCCGGAAUCUGCCAGCAAAUGCCAACGGCCAGGCAGUGGAAACCUUAUCAAAGAGCAUUCCCAGUUCAGCCCUGCUUUUCCUGGGGGAAGAAUCCUUGACCCGUGUGUACGGCAACAACUGCAGCGGUUUCCUCGCACAGAUGGCUGAGGCAAAGCUGGAGCUGCUGCCACGAAGUUCUCCUGUCCGAGUGGCACUGCGGGAACGUGCCCUGCGCUGCCUGAAUCUGCCAAUUUCGGCUCUGAACGGAAUGGCUGCCGCCCAGCUCGGAGCGCUGAUGUGCGAAUUUACGGGGCAGAACAUCACGGACCUACCGGAAGCUGCCUUCAACGCCUCCAUCCCACACCUCUGCAAGUGCAAACAAUUCAACCCAAGUGCAACUAAUAUCCUGCGUACGAGGCUGCUUGAAACGCUGGGAGAUUCAUCUCAGUGGACGGUGGAGGUAGUGACCUCGCUCGGCUCCAUGAUAACACUGCUAGACGAACGAACCGUGCUACAGCUGCCCAACAGGAGUGACAUUAAGGAAGCCCUGCUGGAGUUCGUGGCCUCCCAGCCCAACGAGAACACAGGCUCCUCCACCGAAUUCCAGACCGGAUUCAACCUCUCUAACGUCCAGAGAAAGAUCUUCCAGAUCCUCAGGGAGGAGUCAACAGCGGCAGCGGCUGGCUCACGCAGGAGACGGGCAGCGGAUUCCUGCACCGUGCGGCCGAGCACCGAUGAAAUACAGAUGCUAGGAGAGGGCAACAGCCAGUGGAGCGUGGAUCAGCUGGCGUGCAUGACCACCCAGACUUUCGCCGACUCAGUCGAUGUACUGGGGAUGGUCAGCAGUUUCUCCAGAGAUCAAUACUUGGCUCUAAAGAACAAGGCCAUUGAGACGUGGGGUCCAGUGUCCAGUUUCAUCCCUGAGAACAUCGCAGACCUGAAUUGCAUCCUGACAGCCAUGUCUGCCAGCGAGCUCCGCUCCAUGGACCUAGGCGCCGUUGAUACCCUCGACGCUGUCUCGGCCUGUCCGACCUGGACCGAGGAGCAGCGGACCGCUAUUCUGGAAAGAUAUCUGGCUCUCAGCGAGAUGACUGCGGCCUCGCUGGGAUCCAUCGAGCUCAGCGGCCUGGGGAGCUUUGCCUGUGCCAUGAACACGACCUUCAUCUCACAUCUACAGGAGAAAGCAUUCAGUGCAGCAGCCAGGAGCCUAGGGAUGCAGGCGUGUGCCUCCGAGACCCUGGACGCACUGAAGGAGAGAGCAGUGAAUGUUUUCGGCCCCAUCACAGGCUGGGAGGCGGAGAUCAUGACGGAGAUGGGCUCUAUCGUUGCUGGAGCGAGCACUGAGGAGCUGAGCAAGCUGGAUCCAAAUGUGAUGCCCUUCAUCUGCAGCCAGGCUGUGAGCCUCAUCCCACCGUACAGGUUCAGGGCCCUGACCGUGUCCCAGCUGAAGAAUCUGUCUCCAGAGGGCGCUGCCUUCGUCACCCAGGCUCAGCUGGACCGAGUGAAUGAGCAGCAGCGGGCUGCUUUGAAGGAGGCGCUAGGGAUGCAAACCACCACGAAGACCUCCCUGCUGACAAUUGUGUCACGCUCACCGGCUCUGGGAUCCCUCGGGCUGUCCGCCAUGGCUCGAGCCCUGCCUGCGUUGCUGCUGCUGGUCUGGAGCCUGCCGCUGUUUCCCUGAAGAAGGGGAGUUCUGAUCCCGCAUCCCUGUCCGCCCACAACAUGGUACAGCUGUCCCUCAGAGCUAUGUGUGAAGAAAAUCUUAGUGACAACACAAAUUUUUUGCUGAUUAACGAACUCUAACCGGAAUCAAGUCAGAUCGUUGUAGUAACCAAUGCUGUCUGUGCAAUCAAGGAAAAUCGUUUCAUUAAAUCACUUAUAU